AUGGAACGAGGAGGGCCGGGGGAAAGCGGCAAGGCCGGGGGCGACGGGGAGACGGAACCGGGGAAAGGGGUCAGCCGGGAGGGUGUGGAGGAAAAUCCGAGAAGGGAGGGCGAGCCAGGCCGGGGUUACCUGCUGGGUGUCUGUCCCCCGGCGGUGCCCCCGGAGUCCGGGGCCCUAAGGCCAAGGAAGAGAGAGGAGGGGAAAAAAGCAGGCACGGGGCUGCAACACGACUUGGGGGGUGGGGUGCGGAAUGAAUUCUGGGAACCCAAAAAGGAGAGGAAGGAAGGAACCCAAGCGUCCCGCCCUUAUCUAUUGCCCCCGGUACGGCUCCAAUCCCUGGGACUCGGGCCCCUCGGCUCCUCCUCUCCGGCUCCAGGCCUGACCUCCCAACCCACAUUUCUGACGAAGUCCCGACACGCCUCUCUGAGAUACUGUGCCUUCUCUCUCCCGGGCGAUAUCUCGGGUGGGGGGCGGGAGGUGGGCGACAGGGGCACCAGGUCCCGCGGGGCUCCGUCUCCCAUCGGCGGGACCCCCGUGCCCCAGCCGGCCGCCAGCCGGAAUCAGUCUGGGUCCCAACUCUCCUGCCCCUCCCCGCGCUGUUCCAGGGCGGAGUCUGUGGAGUUGAAAUCAGGACACGGCAAGAGGAAGAGUUAUAUAACUGGGAGAAGCGAGAAGGACGAGUGGAGACCGGGAGAGACAGCCCGAAAGGAGCCGAGGGAGCUCUACGAUGCCUCCUCCACAUUGGCUGCCGAGGCCCUGAUGUCAGGGGCAGCCGCUGGAGCGGAUUGGACGGACGCGAGAGUUGGGGAAUCUGGCUCCGGAGUCUCGCUCUCCAGUUACUCUGGCAACAGGGCAAGCAACCCCUGGGAGGGAAGCCGAGCGGGGCACAGCGCCUCGCCUGGGUCCCGCCUCCCUCCCGACACCAACCGCGGACUCGGUUUCAGUGGCAUCGCAGGUCGCUGCUCCGCUCCUUCCUCCUAG